GGGAGAUCGUGGGCCUGGAAUCGCUGGUUCCCACAAAACGCGACAAAGCAUGCUGUGGCGGGCGUGUGGGCUCUGUAGGCGGGCUGUGCCGAUUCGUCGGCGCGAUGAUUAGUUCCCGCUCAUUCAAUCGGGCGUUAUCUCUAUUCGUCAUACAUAAUCGUAAGUGAAAGUAAUGGUGUAUGUAGUGUAUGUGUCUUAAGUGACCGUUGCCAUUGUUACGUGGAAACAUGGAUAAGGGAGUGCGUCAAGAUCCAUCUGCAGCAUGCGGCUCGUGCGAUCCCUACGACAGCGACGUGUACGUGCGUAAGCCUGGGAAUACAACCAUCCAGCAACUUGUUUCUAGUGGCGUAGAAGCUGCUACAUAUGAUUCAGCAGACGAUGCUACGCAAGGCGACACCAGUUCCUGGGAGGGUAAUGACGAUCCGGGUUCGGAUCUCCAUCCGAACGUCCGCGACCGUAUGCGCAGGAAGUUGCGCUUCUUUUUCAUGAACCCUAUAGAGAAGUACCAGGCCAAAAAGCGCAUUCCUUGGAAGUUAGUCUUACAAGUUGUGAAGAUUGCCCUAGUCACCCUACAGCUGGUGUUGUUCGGCACGAACAGCUACUCGUACCAGCAGCAGCACAGGGACACGACUGUUGCCUUACAUCACAUAUUUCUCUUCGAUUGGGACAGUGUGCGUGAAAUCGCGAACUAUCCGCCUGCCGCUGGGCCCUAUGCGGUAUACACGAAGGCAGAGUUCUACAGGCACGUGGACCAUGUUGUGCGAAAAUACUCAAACGUCACGACGCAGGCAAUCGGCUCGUUCGGCUACGACUCCCCUACAGGUGCUCUGAUUCCCCUUGUUUUCUGCAAGACCUACUACCGCAAGGGCUACGUAUGGCCUUUUAAUGAUACGCUAAUUUUUGACAACUACCCGGUGCGGCGUUGCCUGGCCGUGGAAGGGCCUGAAGCAGGAAAUCCCGCCUGGCUCAACUUCAGCACCGAGAGUUACCUCCGGGAGCAUAAUUUCUCCAUUAUCUUCGAGCGCCUCAUAAACGUCAAUUUAGAGUUUACCCUCAAGACGGUGUACCUUAAGAGUCUCAGCAAGUUUGAUUUGCCAGACUGUUACCGGUACAAUAUCACUAUUUACUACGACAACGAAGCCCACGACGGCCAGCUGUUGAUAUCGCUUGGUGUACAUUCAAAGAAACUGGACUGCACCACUAAUGUGUUGUACACAGACUCUAACAAGAUAGCUUAUGCAUGCCUUCAGGCUGUCAAUGUAAUUGUGAUUGUUAUCUGUGCUUCCUCACUAGUGCUGUGUGUCAGGUCUCUUAUCCGUGGCCAAACACUGCGGAAAAAAACAGUGAGGUUCUUUGCGAAGUACUACAAAAAGAAGCUUAUGCUAUCCGAUAAGAUGGAGUUUGUGGACUUUUGGUAUGUCAUGAUAGCCAUCAAUGACAUUCUCAUUAUCCUGGGCUCCUGCUUUAAGAUACAACUGGAGCAGCGUGUCUUAGAUGGUCAGCAGUACAACUUGUGCUCAGCGUUACUCGGAACUGGAAACCUUCUUGUCUGGGCUGGGGUGCUGCGCUACCUGGGCUUCUUCAAGAAGUACAACAUCCUCAUCUUAACAAUGCGUCGGGCUUUCCCAAACAUCUUGCGCUUUCUGCUUUGUGCACUGCUGCUGUACUGUGGUUUCUGUUUCUGCGGCUGGGUUGUCCUGGGACCACAUCACAUCAAGUUCCGCUCGCUCAGCAUGACCUCCGAGUGUCUCUUUGCCCUCAUGAAUGGAGAUGACAUGUUUGCCACAUUCGCCAUCUUGUCGGAGAGUGACGGCAUCAUCUGGUGGUUCUGCAGGUUCUACCUUUACCUGUUCUUGAUCCUCUUCAUCUACUGUGUGCUCAGCUUGUUCUUAUCAGUGAUCAUGGACUCGUACGAAACAAUUCGUGAAAUACAUGAGCAUGGAGCACAGCCGGGAGAGCUGCAAAAGUUCAUCCUCGAAUGCAGUGAUACGGCCACGAGCACUGCAUACCUCGAGGAUGACCAGUCCCCAAAGAGAAGCAGGACACACAUUAUAACUGACUGCUUUUCAUGCUUUCGGAGGAGGGGUUACAAUCCCAUAUGAUGCUUUGUGGACGUUACUCCGUUGUCCAACUAUGCUAGUGUUGUUAUUUAAAAGAGAGUGCUAGAAGGAUCUGACUGCUUGUGACCCAAGGUGACUGUCACUGUCCCAUGUAGCUUUGAGCUGAAUCUCUGUAGACAGACUGUGCAGUGAUUAUGAUUUAUAUUAUUGUACCAGAGACAAAACUAGUGUUUUAUUAAUGUUUUACCAACAGCUGUUGGUGCUACUGUAAGCAGCCGUUGUAGGUAAUACUAUGAACACAAGACUGAGUGGCACACAGUAACAUUGCAGUUCUUAAGCUCGGUCCUCAUCAUGUUCGCACUUGUUGACAUCACAGCAGUAGGAUAUCUGCAUACUUGAUGAACAAGGAUAACAAUUUUGUGCUCUAUGUAUUGUUACAUGGGUUCACAAAGGCAAUUUUGUAGACUCUAUAAUGUUCUUGACAGCCAUAGUAAUGUUGCCUGUUCUUCAAGAAACUUCAUCACUUUUGUUUUAAUGAACUUCAUAUUGUUGUUUUGCCUUUAUGGGAACCAUAAUACUUUUCAUUUUAUUAAUCACACAAAACUACAAAGUAAGGUAGGUUAUGACUUCAGAUUUCUCAUCUGUAGACUCUGUCACACCUGUUGCAAAGGUGCCUUGUAUGUAAUUUGUUACGCUUCUGUUUAAAUUUGUGUCACAAUUCCUUUUACUGUUGAAAUUUGUUUGUGCUCAUGCUCUAGGGUAAUAAGCAUGCCUCUGUAGAAUAAACAAAGUGUGUUAGCAAGUCGCUAUCCCGCCAAUCUAAAAAUAAAGUACAUCUCAGGCCUGUGUUCCACUGAGAUUACACAGUUAAGGGGAUUUUCAUGGUAUACAAUGAUGGUUGGUUUCCUGUUAUAAAUGCUGAAAAAAUUGUUGAUGAAGAUAUGUGUAUUGAUGUCAUUCUUUUGAAGUUAUUAUUUUAAAGAAUGUAAACAAGCAGAAUAAUUGAAGCCAAAUGGUUGUAGUCUUCUUGCUGUCAUAAAUUAUGAAUAGCUCAAAUAUUCAACAUCAAUGCAGCCACCGAUUUGUGCAGAUCAAGCUUUCUCACUGUCCAAAACAUUGCGCUAUUCCUCAGCAUCAUUAGCAAGUGGUGGAAGAUCGUGAAUAAAGUGUAUUUCAUGACUAUC